AUGGCCACCCCUGGUGUGUCGAUGACCCCGGCGAUUGCUGGAACCCCUGCUAUGGCUUUGGCACCGGCGCCCGCACUGGCUUGUAAGGCUUCUGUGGCCCCCUCGCCGGGACCAGGUACUCCCGGGUCCAUCACCUCGAAGGAAUGGGUCAUUCCACCCCGCCCCAAGCCUGGCCGGAAGCCUGCUACAGACACCCCGCCAACAAAGCGCAAGGCUCAGAACCGCGCUGCCCAGCGGGCGUUCCGGGAACGCCGGGCCGCCCGCGUCAGUGAACUCGAAGAGCAGAUGAAGGAAAUCGAAGAUGGUCACGAUAUCCAAGUGGCCUCCCUCCAGCAGCAGAUCGGCAACCUCUCCGGGGAGGUCGACCAGUGCCGGGAGGAGAUGAGCUGGUGGCGCGAUCGAUGCCAUGCCUUGGAAAAAGAGGUGUCGAUCGAGCGUAGCGCAAAGGAAGCCCUGGUCAAGGAAUUCCGUUCCUCCCUAUCUGGUUCUACCGCCAACAAAACCACUCCAAUCCCUGACUCUGUGCCUUUGCCGCCUCGCAAGACUCGAAGCUCCCGAAUGGAGGAUGUCCAACCUACCAGCGUUGACCAUGAUAAGCACGACGGACAGUCAAAUGUCCCCCUCGGAUGUAACAACUGCUCUAAUUCUCACUGCCAAUGCAUCGAAGAUGCAUUCGGUAUGCCAAUCGACACUCACGAGUCCUCCCGUGCAAGCCGGCAUCCACCCCACGGCGUUGGUAGCCCGGAGCGCGACACCCGUGACCCCGCCAUCAAGCCAGACCCGGAAGAGAUGGAGAUAGACUUCACCGCUCAAUUCUCCGGAGCUCCCAUGGAGUCCCACGAAGAUGUAUCCUCACCCCCCGUCGACCCUUGUGGCUUCUGCCAGGAUGGCACGCCUUGCAUCUGUGCCGAGAUGGCGGCUCAAGAGCAGCAACGCAACCGCACUUUCGAGGCCAACCGUCUAGCACCAAUUCAAUCCAUCUCCCAAUUCACCCCUCCCCCUUCUGAAGGAGAUGCCCGCUCAGAGGUCACCCUUCCCCCCAUCAGCCAAGCAACGAAUCCCUGCGCCAACGGGCCAGGCACCUGCGCCCAGUGUCUUGCCGACCCUCGAAGCACCCUUUUUUGCAAGACGCUGGCAGCCUCCCGGUCAGCGAGCGGAACUCCAUCGGGAGGCUGCUGCGGCGGAGGCGGCAAGGACGGAGGCUGCUGCAAGUCCAAUGCCCCCACCACGCGUAAGAACACCGCCAUGCCUACGCAACCUCCCCCACCCAAGCCCGCUUCGCCCUCCGAGUUAACUCUCUCCUGCGCCGACGCCUUCACCACCCUCUCCCGCCACCCGAACUUCAGCCGCGCAAGCGAUGAUAUCUCCGCAUGGCUGCCGAAGCUUCACACCCUCCCUAAUCCCCGGGACCUAGCGCCCCCAGACAGCCGCGCUGCCAUGGAAGUCGAGGCUGCGAGCGUAAUGGGUGUUCUGCGCUACUUUGACCGUCGAUUCGCUGAAAAAUAA